UCCGAGAGCAGCCCAGGCGCCGCUUUCCCCGGCUCCAUGUCCGCCGCGGCCCCUCCGCCCUCCCGGCUGCGCCAUGGCGGGGGCUGCCGAGCCCAGCAGCAGCAGCAGAUACCAGCAGCUGCAGAAUGAGGAAGAGCCUGGAGAGCCUGAGCGAGUCAUUAACGAUGCUCCUCCCCCGUACAGCAGCAUCUCUGCAGAGAGUGCAGCAUAUUUUGACUACAAAGAUGAAUCUGGGUUUCCUAAGCCCCCUUCUUACAAUGUGGCUACCACAUUGCCUACUUAUGAUGAAGCAGAAAGGACCAAGGCUGAAGCUACCAUCCCCUUGGUUCCUGGGAGAGAUGAUGAUUUUGUAGCAAGGGAUGAUUUUGAUGAUGCUGACCAGCUGAGGAUAGGAAAUGAUGGGAUAUUCAUGCUAAUUUUUUUCAUGGCAUUCCUCUUUAACUGGAUUGGGUUUUUCCUAUCUUUCUGUCUGACCACCUCAGCCGCAGGAAGAUAUGGGGCCAUUUCAGGGUUUGGCCUGUCUUUAAUUAAGUGGAUCCUGAUUGUCAGGUUUUCCACUUAUUUCCCUGGCUACUUUGAUGGUCAGUAUUGGCUCUGGUGGGUUUUCCUUAUAUUAGGCUUUCUUCUGUUUAUCAGAGGAUUUAUCAAUUAUGCAAAGGUUCAGAAGAUGCCAGAUACUUUUUCAACCCUCCCCAGGACCAGAGUUCUCUUUAUUUACUAAAGAUGUUUUCUGGCAAGGCCUUCCUGUAUUUAUGAAUUCUCUCUCAAGAAGCAACAGGACACCUGCAGGAAGUGAAUCAAGACUCAAAAGACAGAAGAAAUAAUCACCUGCUUUAAAAAAUAAAGUACUGUUGAAGAUAAUUUCUCAUUAUUUGUUU